AUGGGUGCGAGGCUGAUACAAAUAAACCUCCACCACUGCAAAGCAGCCACUGCGGCCUUACAAAAAUGCAUAGCCGACAACAAUAUUCAGAUAGCCCUGACUCAGGAACCUUAUACUUAUAGGGGCCAAAUAAGGGGACUAGGAAACCUCAACGGGAGACUAGUGUCAGACCCAAAAGAGGGACCUAACCUAAGAAGCUGUAUCUUUAUAAGAAAAGAUAUAGAGGCCACACCGCUGUGGGAGUUUUGUGACAGGGACACAGCGGCGGUCAAAGUACAAAUCAAAACAGCGGAGAGGAGCUACGAUACAAUAAUAGUAUCAGCAUACUUUCCGCACGAUCAACAAGGGGAACCACCUCCGACAACAGUUCGGAGGUUGAUAAACCAUCAAAGAUUGGAAAACCUUAUAAUAGGCUGUGACGCCAAUGCUCACCACACUAUCUGGGGAAGCACUGGAACAAACAAACGAGGCGAAUCAUUAUUAAAUUACUGUGCUGCCUCCGGUCUAAAUAUAAUUAAUGUGGGGGAGGAACCGACCUUCGUCAACAUACUCCACAGAGAAAUAAUUGAUCUAACCAUUGGCAAGGGACGCAUCUGCGACCUCGUUAAAAAAUGGCAUGUAUCUGACGAACCAAGUUUGUCGGAUCACAGGUACAUAAGAUUCGAUCUAGAAUCUAUGGAUACAAAUCCGGAGACCUACAGGAACGCCAGGAAAACGGACUGGGACCUCUUCAAUGAGAUACUAGGACGCGAACUGGAGAACUGUCCAACGGAGGCAAAAGACAAUGUAGAGCUCGAAGUGCUGACAGAGUCAGUCACUGAGGCUAUUAAAGUUGCUUUUGAAAACUCAUGUCCACUAAGCAAACCGCGUCAAGCAGGGAACACCUCAUAG